UUCCGCAAAGCCUUGGACACCACCCUUCCGCCGCGGCCGACCAACCGCCGCCGGAGGAGCUGGCUACUUCCGGCCGCGGGGGCCAGAUCGCGGAAGUGCCGGCACCGUGUGCGCCGCCACCGCGUCCGAGAUGGCGGAUCUCCACCGCCAACUGCAGGACUACCUGACGCAGGGCAAAGCGAGCAGGACGGCGGCCGCCGAGCCGCUGCUCGCCGCGAGGGCAGCAGAAGAGCCCGCGGCCGGGGCCUGGCUAGGCCGCACGGCUCUGCGGUGGCCGUGGGCUGCGAGCCCCACGGAGCCGCCGCCCGCGGGCGCGAGCUGCAUCCCGAACGUGACGCGCGGGCAGCGCCUGGCGGCGGGCGGGCUGUGCCUGCUGCUGGCGGCGCUCUGCUUCGGGCUGGCGGCGCUCUACGCGCCGCUGCUGCUGCUGCGCGCCCGCAAGUUCGCGCUCCUGUGGUCGCUGGGCUCCGUGCUGGCACUGGCGGGCGCGGCGCUGCUGCGGGGCGGCGCGGCGUGCGGGCGCCUGCUGCGCGGCGAGGAGGCGCCGUCGCCCGGCGCCCUGUGCUACGCGGCCGCCCUGGGGGGAACGCUCUACGCCGCGCUGGCCCUGCGCAGCACGCCGCUGACGGCGCUCGGCGCCUGCGCGCAGCUGGCCACCCUGCUGCGCGCGCUGCUGGGGCUGCUGCCCUGGGGCGGCGGCACGGCGCUGCGUCUGGCGCUCGGCCGCCUGAAGCGCGGGGCCGGCCUAGCCAGCGCGCUCCCGGUGUGACGGUCCCCCGUCUCGAGGAAGCGGAACUGGGCCGGCUGGAGACGGUGCGCGCGCGGCUACCCACGCUCCACGCUGCCGACAGGACCGCGCGGCGGAGUCCGUGAGCUCGGAGCGGCUGUCACCAACUGACGCACGGGGCUGGGUCAGAAGAUCCUUAGGCUUCUUCCGUUCUGGGCAGCAUGUGGCCCCGCGAAGAAGUGAUUGUGCUUGCUAACUGCUGUGGAGAAGGCUGUCAGUGAGCUGCUUUCCUACUAACUGGCUUUACUUGGACGUCAGGUUAAGAGGUCAAAAGACAUGAAUAGCUUUCUGACUUGGCUGCUUUUGGAAGAACUACAUUUUCCCUUUUGUCGUUUAAAGAAAUGCAGUAAGGUUUCGGUUUUACUGCAGUUUUUCGAAGCCUCAUUCCUAUUCACUGUAAAUCAAUCCAGAUUAUCAGAUUAAACACUAAAUUUAGCCACUGGAUUUAAAA